AGAGAAUUAAUAGCAAGGUAGCAAUAAAAACUUCACCGUCCUUCUCCAAUCAAUAAUUGCUAGGGUUUUUAUACGAAAGCAGCGCCGUAUUUUCUCUGUGUCUGCAAGAGCUCUCAGAAGAAGAAGAAUGGGUCACGCUAACAUCUGGAAUGCUCACCCUAAGAACUAUGGUCCUGGAUCUCGCGCCUGCCGAGUGUGCGGCAACCCUCACGCAAUCAUUCGUAAGUAUGGUUUGAUGUGCUGCAGGCAGUGCUUCCGCAGCAACGCCAAAGAAAUUGGAUUCAUUAAGUAUCGUUGAAGUGUGACGAGGUAUCCAAUGCCGAAGCUGUAUUGAAGAUCUCAUAGAUACAAUCCAUGGUCUAAGUUUGUUUUAAGAGUUUGCAUUUAAAGAUGUAGACAGCUGAACCUAUGUUUGUUUUAAACAUUGCUUUUUUGAGUGAAAUAGGCCUCCCUCAUUUUGUAGGAGUUCGUCA